AUGGCGCAGGGCGUGCCCGGUGCGCUACAGCCCUUCCGGGGGCAGCGCCAGCUGCAGCCGGGCAUGCGCGUACGCAUCGGUGCGCAUCUCGUGACGGUCCAGCGCUUCCUGAGCCAGGGCGGCUUCGCGUGUGUCUACCUUGUGCAGGCCGAGGCGCCCGUGCGUCUGCCUGGGCGGCCUGCGCCCGGCGACACGCAGCUCGUGCUAAAGCACAUGUGCGUCUGGGAUAAGGGGACGCUGGCAACGGUCCGCGCCGAAGUCGACCAUCAUCGCGCCCUCCAGGGCCACGAGGCCAUCGUGCACUUUGUCGAAGCGUCGGCAGCCACACUCGCUGGCGGCGGGUGGGAGAUAUUUAUCCUGAUGGAGUACUGCCGCGGCGGCGGGCUGAUCGACUUUCUAAACAGCCGUCUGCAGCACCGUCUCUCCGAGACCGAGGUGCUGUCUAUCUUCCGCGACGUGUGCGAAGGCGUGCAGGUCUUGCACCAUCUCGAUCCUGUGCUGUUGCACCGCGACCUGAAGAUUGAAAAUGUGCUUCUUUCUACCGCGGACCCACCGCGCUUCAAGUUGUGCGACUUUGGCUCGUGCAUACCCGUACUGACGACCCUGCCCGCUCGCAGCGCCGACGCGAUCCGGCGCCUCGAGCUCGACCUCCAGCAGCACACGACGAUGCAGUACCGUGCGCCGGAGAUGGUCGACCUUCGCCAGCACGUGCCGAUUACGGAGAAGGCCGAUAUCUGGGCCCUGGGCGUGCUGCUGUACAAGCUGUGCUACUACACGACGCCCUUUGAGGCGCCGGGCGCCGGCGCCCCAGCCAUUAUGCACGCGCGCUACGACGUGCCAGCCACGCCUGCGUACUCGCGCGACCUCCAGGCUCUCAUCCGCUCCCUCCUUCAAGUACGGCCCGAGGACCGCCCCGAUAUCGACACGUUGCUUCGCGAUGUGCGACGGAAGCUUGAUCCUGCGGCACCGAGCCCCGUGGCCGACCCGCCGAAGCGCGCCGCGCGGCCCGAAUCGCUCAUCCUCGAUGUGGACGAGGUAGCGACGCGUUUCCCCUCGGUGGGCGAACUGUCAGCGCACCUCGAUCCCCCGCGGCGCGCGGCCACCGAUCCUGAGCCGCCGGCGCCGCCCGCUGCGCGCUCCGUGCGGGCCAUGGUCGCGGAGAUGAAUUCAAGUGCACGGCCAUCGACGCGUGAGCGGCCCCUCUCUGUGUCGAUUCUUAUGGAGCCAAGUGCAUCGAGCCCUGGAGCGCCCGCGCACACACUCGUGGAUGUCGAUGUGAGCUCCAGCUCGGACGAUGAGCCGGAGGACGCCGGGGCGACAUUCCGUGUGCGUGUGCGCCCAACGGACCCGCAGCGAGCUGCUGAGGCGCCCGCGUCCAUCGUGCCCAGCGCGGCCGAUGCCUUGCAUGACCUGCUCGUGCAUGCAGAGGGCGAUGCCGAUACCACGACAGACUCUGUGUGUGCGCCUGAGACGGCCGAGCUGGACUCGCUGGCCGAGCAUGAGCGGGCCUUACAAGGACUCCUGAAGGGCGAGACGCCCGCUGAGCCGCCGUCCCGUCUUGCCGACCAGCACGAGCGUGCCGCGGCACCGCAUGCGGGCAGUGCGCCGUCUAUGCCCGCGGUGCGCGCGGCGCCGCCCAAACCGCGCAAGCCCAUGGUGCGGCCCAAGCCGGCUGCCUUGUCCCUGGCGGCCGGUACGCGGCGCAGCGCAGUGCACACACCUGCGACGUCUGUGCUGCCCGACUCGCAGACCAAGGUGGCUAGCCACACCGCAUCCACGACACCGCCCAAAGAAUCACCCGUCGCUGACGUGCCAACCGGCGAUCUGCUCGCAAUGAACGAACUGCCAGCCGCGCGGCGUGCGCCCCAGUGGGACGAGCCAACGCCCCCUGCGAAGACGUAUGUGGAUGCCAGCACAUCACCCCGUCGGCCGGCCCUGGCCUUGCCUGUGCCGGCCAAGGAUCCUCCGGCGCCCACGCACGGCAUUGACGCGGGCACAACGGUCAUGGCGCCAACGCCCCGGCAUGCAGUGCCACUCACGCGCUCCACGUCGGCGCAGACGGCGGCGCAGGCGCACGCCCGAGGUGUGCGCCUCACGAAACGCGAGACGCAAGGCAGCCACGAGACACGUGCCACACGCAUGCCAGUCUCGCCGACGGAGGCGUCGGAGCCCUCGGAGGGUGUGAGUGCCCUGAUCCAAAAGUGGCAGUCGCAAACGUUAUAG